AUGAAGAUGUUCAUUGUCGCCCUCGCCCUUGUGGCUUGCGUUGCUGCUGUCCCCGUAGAGAAGGAGGUCCCAAAGAUCCUCCGCUACGACUUCGAGCCACAACCCAACGGUGCAUACUCUCUCAGCGUUGAAAGCGACGAUGGCAUUGUCAGGAGGGAGGUCGGUGAACUUAAGGAAAUCCUCGACGCUGACAACAAGCCCCAACUCGUCUUAGUCGUCAAAGGAGAAUACUCCUACCCCAGACAAGACGGCAGCGUUGAGUCCAUCAGCUACGUUGCUGAUGAGAAUGGUUUCAAUGCUAACGGUCCUUCCAUCCCCCAGCCCCCAGCACCCGCCAGGAGAUAA